CGUGAAAGUUUUGCUCUUUUAAUUUUCGCUUUUACCCGAAAAUAUUCUGUAUUUAUUUUACCUUUAUGUGGAAGUUCGAUACAUUAAAUUUGUACAGAGCCUAUUCUUUUAAUCGUCAGAACAAUAUAGCACCAGAAUACCCGGAUUUAAACAACACACAUCUGUGUGGCCACAGCUGUAAACUUCAUUUACUAAACUGAAAUUUUGCAUCACAUUCAGAGAGCCUCUUCACAGUAUCGGUCUUUCCCAUCAUGUCUACUCUGCGCCCUCAGACGUACUAUGAAGCGGCGUACGUCUCCCUGAUGAGAGGCUUGGGGGAGCUGGACCUAAGUGGAUCCUGUGUUCCCAGUAAGCUGGUGCUGACUGGACACCAUGCCUUUCCUUUAGUGAUGAACAGCCGAGGACAGGUCCUGAUGGCUGCCUCCUUGUAUGGUCAUGGGCGGAUUGUGGUGUUGAGUCACGAGGGCUACCUGACUGAUUUUCCAUUGCUGGUUGACAAUGCAGUGGCCUGGUUGAGAGGGGAUGGAUCCAACAACCUGUCCGUGGGGAUCCACAGCAAUCUCAGAAAAGUUGCUGAUAAUCUCAGUAAAUGUAACCUUGAAACUAGAGUCGUGGGAGCGUUUAGUCCCGGUCUUGGGGUUAGUGUUUAUGUGACAGAUGCUUACAGUGUGACUGCAGAAGUUAAGGACCUGGUGGCGUUUCUGAAAGCUGGAGGAGGAGUGUUGAUAGCAGGACAGGCAUGUAGCUGGGCGCAGCAUCCUAAGGAAAAUGCACUGCUUCAUUUCCCAGGGAAUAAAUGGUCUGGUGUGGCAGGAAUAUUCUCCAAUAUUUGUGGUGAAGGAGAGUGUCUGCAAGUCUUCCCUCAGAUUCCCUCCUCCUGGAGGGCUGUAGAUGUCCAUCAGGAUUUUGUGGAUGACUUGGAGUUCUUGCUUCAGGGAGUUACAGAGUUUGACCUCCAGGGAGGAUUAAUUGCUUCUGAGGUUCUGGUCCACGGCUCGUUGUCCUUCCCUAUUGGUUUCACACCAAUGGACGGGCGUUCCUGGCUGGAGCCCUACUACGGACAGGGACGUGUCAUCGUGGUGACACAUGAGGUCUUCUGGGACGAGAGACAUUGGCAUCAUUUUUGGAAAAAUGCUGCAUGGUUGGAUGAAGAUCGCAAGGGGGUCUUGGUGUGCAGCCGCAGCGGCCAGGCCUUCGAACUUCUCAGCAAGUUGAAUUUCAAAUGUGAGAAUACAAACUUCAGAAAAGACCUAAGCGUGUUUGUGUGUACUGCAUACAGUGAUGACCACAAAGAGGAAAUCCAAAACUUUGUGGCAGAGGGAGGAGGCCUGCUGAUUGGUGGACAUGCUUGGUACUGGGCACAGUCACACGGUGGGGAAAAUCCAAUGACGAAUUUCCCAGGAAACAAGAUCCUCAAUAAAAUGGGCCUGAGCCUGCUGGGGGCAACAGUUGAUGGAGGUUGUUACAAGGCUCCUGUGCCUAACCAUGCCAUGAAAGAAUCCUACAACUUUCGCCAUAUUUUACACCGCUUUGCUUGUCAUGUUGCUCAGGGUGAGAAACUGAGCGAACAUGAAGAAAAAUGUCUUAAACAACUGGGCGAGGACUGUGCCAACUAUUUGCACAUGAAUGCACAUGACUCUGCUUCCUACACAGAGGUGGUGUCAACACUUACUGACAUCUUGAAGAAUUCGUCCAUGCCACAGGUAUGUGACAGCUGUCCAGUGCAGAGUUCCAAAGACCACCUACUCCUCAGUAUGGGGGCUGAGCUUUAUAAGGCUUGCCCAGAUCCAGACUCCCUCCUGCCCUACCUGGUCAAGAACAAUCCCAUGAUGCCUGUGGUCUUUAACCACAGAAUCAGGAUUGCUGCAAACACAGCAGGAGAGGAGGAGUGGCUCAGUACAGGACUUUACCUCUCUCCUGGUAUGAAGACCUACAUAGCCCUACCAGCAGAGAUUAUCAAAAAAGGAUGGAAGAUUCAGAUUGGCUGCCAUACAGACUACCUGAAAGCUGCUGAGUUGAAGAGAGCACCAUGUGUCCACGAGAAAUUCCCUGUUACCACAGAUAUGAUGCAGGUGUGCAACCUGUGGGGGGGACUCAUCUACCUGGUGGCCCCACCCGAAACAAAGGUGGAGGGCCCAGAGGUCAUAGUGCAAGUAGCAGUACCUGCACCCUAUUACAAGUCUGGAGUAACAACAGCAUCUCAUUGGUCUGUGCAGCGUACAGCCCCGUCUCCUUGGGCAGAGCUUGAGUUUGAAAACAUCAUUCUGACUGUACCGUCAGAUUUUGUUCGGGAUCUGGAGCACCCUGAUGAGUUGGCAGCACUCUGGAACAACAUCAUGAGGGGUAUCGCUGACCUAGCUGCCACCCCUCACAAAUUUCAACGCAAAGAACGCUUUGUCGCAGAUGUGCAAAUUUCAUGUGGCUGGAUGCAUGCAGGUUAUCCUAUCAUGAUGCACUUGCAAUCAGCAGCUGAGGUGGUCAGUGCAGACAACAUGAGAAACAAUGGACUGUGGGGCCCAAUUCAUGAACUGGGACACAAUCAGCAGAGAGGCUGCUGGGAGUUCCCACCACACACCACAGAGUGUACAUGUAACCUGUGGUCGGUGUACGUGCAUGAAGGGCUGGGGAUCAAGAGGGGAAAGGCUCACCCAAAUAUGACCCUGGCAAAUAGAAAGAGCCGUGUGCAGAAUUAUGUGAAGGAGGGCAGGAAACUUGGUGACUGGAAUGUGUGGGUGGCUCUGGAGACAUAUAUGCAGCUCCAGGAUAGGUUUGGCUGGGAUGCCUUUAAAAAAGUGUUUGCUGCCUACCACAACAUGAGCAACUUUCCCAAUAACAACAAAGACAAGAUGAAUCUGUAUGCAGAGACCUUCUCCCAGGCGGUAGGGAUGAACCUGGCUGGAUUCUUUAAAGCCUGGGGCUGGCCAAUCGAGACAGCUACUGAAAGUAAACUCUCCAACCUGCCUGCUUGGUCGGAUCACCCCAUGGUCCAGUAUGAAUGAGCUGUUAGCUGUUGCUGUGUAGACACACAAGUGACACAUUCAUGAAGACAUCUAUUAACUGGAAACGCAACAAAACGUGUAUUUUGAUGCAAGGAAACGAGACCAAAGAGAGAAUUCAUGCUUUAAAAUAACAAUGCAAAUGUAAACUUCAUAUAUAUAUAUUUCUUCAACAACUGAAUGUUAGGCAACCAACAGAGCACAUGCUCUACCCAGGCACAAAGGUCUGUUAUAACCCUCAUCACACUAGAGACGGAAUGAGGCGGAAUGCCAUCAUACUUAAAAUUCAUUGUACAGUAGUGUUCAGACUAAUAGUAGUGCUAUGUGACUAAAAAGAUUAAUUCAAGUUUUGAGUAUAUUUCUUAUUGUUACAUGGGAAACAAGGUACCAGUAGAUUUAGUAGAUU